UUGGGAGGCCGGACUCUCGAGGGUUCAGGGGUUCACUUUCCGGAACCAGGUCCCUUGUGGGAGAUCGCUGUUCUCGUUGCAAACGCAGUACUUUCCAAAAGUGAGAUCGGUUGGAUUCCCCUCCGUCCUGUGCAGCCCGGAACGACAAGCCGGAGCACCGCGUUUCCUGACUGACCUUGUUGGCAAUCACUUCCGCCCAGGGGUUUGGAAUACCCGAGGCCCUUUGGCGGCGAACAACAGGAAAGGCACUUCCGGUGUAUGUUGCCUAGGCGCCGGCUUGGUGGGCCAGCGGGACGACGUAAGUAGGUCGUCCUCUUCCCCCCACCCCCCUUUUGGGGGUCGAGAUGUCGGGGCUCAGCGCCCCGGAGACGGAGGGCUGUCGUAACCUGCUCGGCCUACUAGACAACGAUGAUAUCAUGGCCCUGUGCGACACCAUCACCAACCGCCUGGUGCAGCCUGAGGACCGCCAAGAUGCCAUUCGUGCAAUAUUAGUGUACAGUCAAAACGUAGAAGAACUUUUGAGGCGUAAGAAAGUCCACCGAGAAGUCAUAUUUAAGUACUUGGCAACGCAGGGGGUUAUUGUACCUCCAGCUACUGAAAAGCACAAUCUUAUUCAGCAUGCAAAGGAUUAUUGGCAAAAGCAGUCACAUCUGAAAUUGAAGGAGACACCAGAGCCAGUUAAGACAGAGGACAUUAGACUGUUUCAACAGCAGGAAAAAGAAGAUAAAAAAGCUGAAAAAGUUGAUUUUCGUCGAUUAGGAGAAGAAUUUUGUCAGUGGUUCUUUGAACUUCUUAAUUCUCAGAAUCCUUUUCUGGGUCCACCUCAAGAUGAAUGGGGGCCACAGCACUUCUGGCACGAUGUCAAGCUUAGGUUUUAUUACAACACCUCUGAACAAAACGUGAUAGACUACUAUGGAGCAGAAAUUGUGAGCCUUCGUCUGCUGUCACUAGUGAAAGAAGAGUAUCUUUUUCUCAGUCCCAACCUAGAUUCCCAUGGACUGAAAUGUGCUUCUUCUCCCCAUGGUCUGGUUAUGGUUGGAGUUGCUGGGACUGUACACCGAGGGAACACUUGUUUGGGCAUUUUUGAACAAAUUUUUGGACUCAUACGCUGCCCUUUUGUGGAAAAUACAUGGAAAAUCAAAUUUAUCAACUUGAGAAUUAUUGGAGAGGGUUCUCUUGCUCCUGGGACAUCAAUGAAACCAGCUAUUACAUUUGAACCUAGUGAUCUAGAGGCCUUUUAUAAUGUAAUUAGUGUAUGUAGUACAAACGAAGUACAACUUAAUGUAAGGCAGACAUUGGAUAGUGCAACUGGAGACCAAGCUUUAUGCAGUGGAGAUGAGGCAUUGUUGAACAAAAGAGAACUUAAUUUUUACCCAACCCUCUAAAGCACUGAACAUUGUAUGUCAGUCUCAAAAACUUUCUAUACAAAAACACCUCUAAAUACCCCAUCAGUAAUGUCUAAGUGAUUUCAGGUGUGAGGAUUGACAUUUUAGUUGAAAUAUCUGUCUUGAUAACAGACUGACAUACUAUGUGAAUACUUGACCCUUUCUACCUGAGUUGCAGCAAAUGUUCUAAGAGCUAAUGCAGUUCAUCAAAUAAAUCCUUUUUAGAUGGUAUAACUAACAGUGUGCCUUAGAAACCAGGUAAUACUUUCAUUUUACUUAGUGAAUAUUCUAUUAUUUGUACUUUUCAUGUGGGAAAGGUUUAAUGUAAACUCAAAGUUUCCAUUUUAGAAAACUUGAGUGACAUUCUCACGCAAAAAGUCCAAUAAUUUAGCAGGUGGAGAAAAAUACACUUUGCCUUUUUUAAAAUUUGAGGAACAUUUUUCAGUUAUCUAUUAAUAGACCAAGCUAAAUAUCUUAAAAUCUGCAACAUUUUCUGAACUCUUUUGGGCUGAUAAAUGCUAUUCUCUAAACAGACCUAAUUCUUAUCUAAGGCUUCAGCUAACAUUUUUAAAGAACAUUUAUUGUAAUACCAUAUAAAGGAAAGAUACCAUUGAAAUUUUUUAAAAGGUAUGCCCAGUUCUAACUUAAAUGAAUUACUAUUUGCCUCUUGAUUGAUCUUGGAAGAGGUGACCAAAACCACCCCCCACCCAAAACAAAAAACACACACACAAAUUUAUAAUGUGGGCAUAUCUAUAUACAGAUAUAGAUAUACUCCUACAUUAUAAAUUAAAAUUAUUAGGAUUUUUCACCUCUAAAUUGUUCUACUAGGUUUGACCUAAAAGGUUAAGUUGCUUUAGGGUUUAAAUUCUUCAUCACUUGGCAACUGCUUGCUGAUCUGGGACUUAGUAAUUUUAAUUUACAAAAAUGCCAUAUAGAAAAAAUUCAGAAGGGAAUUGUGAUGAUGUGUUAUACAUGUUACUUUACCUUUAACCCUUCUCAUGAUCAUCUAGGAUAACAAGAAUUUUGGAAGCAGGGGGAAAAAUCUCAUCAUUUUUGGUUUUUAAAUGCCAUACCUUUUACGAGGAGUACAAAUUGAUACAUUCUAAAAUAAGAACUUAAUAAAGGAGGGAAAUUCCUACUGUCUGCUAUAAGAAUAGUAUAUUGUUUAGAUUUAAAACCAGAUUAUCAUUUUCACCUUUAAGUAAAGUAUCAUUAUAACAUGUACUCAAUAAAUAUCAGUAAAGGAUAAAAUUAAAAACUAUUCCCAUCUGAUUCUUUGUGGUAUUAAUGACAAGUACUGCAGAAAUACUACUACAGAUAGAUGCUCAGGAUGGGCAGAAGUUGCCUCUACCUAUCUUCAGUAUGGACUUUUUGAAUUCGUGUAAUGCUCAAGUAAGGCUGCAAUCUUGGCAUGUUCUUUUAAUCAACAUUAGAAAUUUGAAGUCUUACAGAUAGAACCUCUUGAGAAUUGGAACUAUGUUUUACUUUCUGUGAAUCCCCACAGCUGGACAACACAGUAGGACCUAAUGUUGAACUGAAUGAAAGAAUGAGAAAAAGAAAUUUACAUACUGUAUAAUUACAUACUGUAUAAUUUACAUACUGUAUAUAUACUGUAUCUAGAUGCAUUUACUGCAUCUAGACUUUGUCUUUGGUUCUUAGCAGUGAUGGGUUGGUUUGUUUGAUCAUUUCAUCCAAGCCAACAGAUAAAACCUUCUUUUAAAAUUUACUAAAUUUAAAAAGCCCACGAGUGAGAAUGGGAUAAACUGAAAGGCUAUAAAUUAUAGGAGAAGUAUAUAUUUUUAUGCUCAGAGAAAGAAUACCUGGAGGAAUUGAAAUUUAUUCAUGAAGUUUAAAGCUUGUUCAAGCCUUUGAGAAGGUCCAGAAGCACACUGCAGAUUGAACUCUGCUUUUCUACCAUCCUUUGUUUUUUGUGUGUUAGAGAAUGGCAGAGACCCCAGCUUUAGGUCCCUUUAGCUUCAUUUCACCCUCAACUGAGAUUUUGAAAGUUGUUGGGAGUCACGUAGUAGUACAAUACUAUACAAUUCACAGUGAUUGAAUGGUCAAACCAGGGGGGCAGCUGGGCUUUAUUUACUAUAGACUGAUUUGCAGUAGCCUAAUAGGGCAUACAUGAAGUAUCUGUUCUUGUUAAAAUAAAAAAAAUCUUAAAGUAAUAGUUACAUUGGGAUAUCUUAUUAGUAUCUAGAAUGCCAAAAACAAAUUUCAUGAGUCUUAUUAACUAAAUACCAAAUAAUAGGAAAAAAGCCAUCUCUGUUUUAUGAAAUCACUUGCAAAUGGCCAACACAGGAAAACUUCAUUCCUAUGUUUUCAGAAAGAUAGUAUUCUUGAGCUAAAGGAAAGCUAAGUACCCACUGCUGUAAGAAAUUAUAAUAGCACCAGAAAAGGGUUUAAAGAAUAUUGGCUUAAUUUAAAAAGUCAGUAGUUUUGUGUUUCAACAAAAUGGCUCUUAUGGCCAAGUAAAUGAUAAACAGAAUAAAAUACAAUAAAAAUAUAUAAAUUAAAAACAUAAAAACAUGCUCUAAUGUUUUUAUUAGUAUCUGUAUUCACAAAUUUAGAUGCCCUUUUCUUCACUGGUUCUUGGGCUGUGGGGAGUGAUCAUGGAUUUUUUGAAAAAUGAGAGCUGUGUUCUUUCUCCCCAGAAAAAGUGUUUGCAUUUAGUAUUACAAUUUUUGCAUUAUUUCACUGAGUUUAUGGACUUCUCUAAAGCACAUCUGUGACUCCUACAAGCAUCCUUAUACUUCUCAUGUUAAAAUCCUAUCAUAAUAGUUAACAUUUCCUCCAAACUACUACUCAGUAUUAAAAUUAUUUUUUUUUUAAUUAUUUUUAAGAAAAUUUUGUGCCCUUGCUGGAGCCCAUAAACUAGAGGACUAAAUCUUACUUAUGAAUGAAAGGAUAAUCUCUAGGAAAUCUAUUAGUUUAUGAUAGUUGUUAAUUUGUGGAUUUUGUUUUUCAAGACCUGCUAAGAUAAAACCUACUGAAAAAGCUAAGUGAAACAAAAAUGUUCAGAAUUCAUUUUAUUUUGGCAAGAUAAAUUUAUAAACAACAACAUGUGCUAGAGAAAGUGUGACAGAAAAAUCUGAAGAGAAAAAUUAUGAAAAAAAAUUCUUAGGGUGGCUCAGUCGUUUAAGUGUCUGCCUUCUGCCCAGGCCACGAUCUCAGGACUGUGGGAACGUCCUGGGAACUAGCCCUACCUGUGGAUUUUGUCCUGUCUCUCCCUUUCCCUCUGCCCCUCUCCUGCUCCUGCUUGCUCCCUUACUCUCUCAGUUAAUAAGUAAAAUCUUAAAAAAAGAUUUCUCUAGAUCUUUAUAAAAACUUUAUCCUGAGAUGCUCUUUAGUAAUGUAUACUGCUAAUUUUGAUGAAGGAUUUUAAACAUAGGAUCAUUUCCUCUGAAGGUUUGUGUAUAUGACCUCACAACAUUCCUUCUCAUCUCCCCUCACCCAUGCUCUUUAUAACGUUUGUAUAUACUCAAGUUUGAAUGCAGAUAGUACAAAUCCAAGUGCUGGGAAAAUAGGACUUUUCUGCAUCUGGGUUCUCUUCAGGUUUAUUUGUUAUAUAUUAAUGGAGCAUCUACAAUUUAAGUCACUGAAUCAAGCACAAGAUAAUACUCAAUAGGUUAUUUACCUCAAUUUUCUAUGUUAAGUUUCAGUUUCCUAGUUUACAUGUCUUAAGAUGAGAACUGCUUUAGCCCCCCCCCCUUUUUUUUAGGGUGUGGUUAUAUCUUUUUUGUAUGGGUCAGGAAAGAAGAACACUUAAUUGAAAUUUUAGGUUGAUUGUAUCAAUGCAGAAUAUAAGAUAUUUUGACAGCCUAUUUAGAGUUGGAAGGAAAAUAAUUUCAGAACUGUAUUAGAGUGCACUAAGUCUUUUUAACUUUUAUUUUUUUUCUAGUUUGAAACUUCCAGUAGUCCUUCAGUAAAACAUUAAUAUUAAAGUGGAGUAUUAUUUACUAUGAGAUAGAAUGCACUCUAAAAUAUUAAAUCAUAGGCUCCAGAAAUGUGUUACUCAUGAAAUGUUAAUAAAAUCACUGGCCUCAA